UUUUCAGCUGAUUCAACAAUACAUCCGACGCAAUAUCAGCACUCGUCGCAUCAUUAACGCCGGAAAAGAUCUUCUGAUAAUAAUGCCGUGUCCAUUUUUGACCCGUUUGUCUGCAAACUAUAUCCGCAAUUAUGGAUCAUCGCUGAUAAUGAAUUACCGGCAACAUUGCCCAGUAAUGUCAAGAUUGUUCAGUACAAUGGCAAAGUCGGAGGAGUCUCAGCCGAUUCCCGAGUCUAUACAAAAUCAGUGUCCCUUCUUAUCCAGAGAACGGGACGCUAUUAAGAAAGCCAGUUUAGCAAUGGAGGAAGAUGUUAUCAAUUUAGGUACAACAGAGCAAAAAGAGGAAACGCAGUUCCCUUACGAGGAAUUUUUCCAUGAGCAACUUAUGCGAAAGAAGAAGGAUCAUUCGUACCGAGUUUUCAAGAAAGUCAAUCGUCUGGCUGAAAACUUUCCAGUGGCUAUGGAAUACUCGUGGGGCGAGAAACCCAUAACGGUAUGGUGCUCCAACGAUUAUCUAGGAAUGUCGCGUCAUCCCGCGGUGAUCAGCGCAGUUCGUGAAGCGUUGGCUAAGUUCGGUGCUGGUGCCGGAGGCACGAGAAAUAUCUCGGGCAACUCCAUGGGUCAUGAGAUAUUGGAGAAACGACUGGCGCUGCUGCAUCAGAAGGAGGCCGGUUUGCUUUUUACUUCCUGCUUCGUUGCCAACGACUCUACCUUAUUCACGUUAGCGAGACUUCUACCAGAUUGUCACGUUUUCUCCGACGCCGGGAAUCAUGCCUCUAUGAUACAGGGUAUACGAAACAGCGGUGUGCCGAAGCAUAUAUUCCGACACAACGACGUACAACAUCUGGAGGAGCUCUUGUCUAAGGUGGACAAAAACGUGCCAAAGAUUGUAGCAUUUGAGACGGUACAUUCCAUGACCGGCGAUAUCUGUCCAUUAGAAGAGUUGUGCGACAUCGCACAUAAAUACGGCGCGAUAACGUUCGUUGACGAAGUCCACGCAGUCGGCUUAUAUGGCUUUUCUGGUGCUGGCAUUGGCGAGAGAGAUUGGGUACUUCACAAAAUGGACAUUAUAUCUGGCACCUUAGGAAAGGCUUUUGGCAAUGUGGGCGGCUACAUUGUUAGUUCCGCGAAGCUGAUAGAUAUGAUAAGAAGUUAUGCAGCGGGCUUUAUUUUUACUACUUCGCUACCGCCUACUGUCCUGUACGGAGCUUUAACAUCCAUCGAUAUUUUGGCAUCGGAUGAGGGUAGAUCAUUGAGGACGAAUCAUCAGAAAAAUGUCGCCUAUAUGAAAUCUAUUCUUACUGCCGCCGGUCUUCCGUUAGAAAUGUCGCCCUCUCACAUUAUUCCGAUAAAAAUAGGAGAUCCAUUGGUGUGUAGUCAAAUAGCAGACUAUUUAUUAAGAGAUAAAGGACAUUAUGUGCAAGCUAUAAAUUAUCCUACAGUUCCAAAGGGUGAAGAGAAAUUGAGAUUAGCCCCAACUCCAAAACAUACUCAAGCCAUGAUGGAUAAAUUCAUACGAGACACGUUAGAUGUUUUUCAUCAACUGAAUAUAUUCAAGAUAGCCACAAAAUCGAACGAUGCACCGUGUGCUAUUCUGGUUCAUUGACGAAUAAAUACCAUUCAAAUGCUGUAUCCCGAAUUGUAAUGGUAAUUACAAAAACGGCCCAAAUAUCGCAACAUUUUC